AUGGAGCUUCCUCCAAAUAUACUUCCGGAUGAGGCCAAUCCCAAGUGGAUGAACAAAGGCGACAACGCAUGGCAACUCACAGCGGCCACACUAGUCGGGCUACAGAGCAUACCGGGACUGGUUAUCAUCUACGGCGGCAUGGUGAAGAAGAAAUGGGCAAUCAAUUCAGCAUUAAUGGCUUUCUACGCAUUUGCAGUCGUUCUAAUCUGUUGGGUCGGGUGGGGUUUUCGCAUGUCAUUCGGAGAACGACUAGUCGAUUUUUGGGGAAAACCUGCGGUGGCUUUAGACCAGAAGUAUCUUCUUGGACAGGCCUUUCUGGGUUACUUUCCAACAGCAACAAUGGUGUUGUUUCAGUUUGUAUUUGCUGCAAUUACUCCUAUUUUGAUCGGGGGUGCACUUUUAGGGAGAAUGAAUUUUGUUGCAUGGAUGAUUUUUGUUCCUCUUUGGCAUACUUUUUCGUAUACAAUUGGCGCUUUUAGCAUUUGGUGCCCGAAUGGCUGGUUGGCAAAGCUUGGAGUCAUUGAUUUUGCUGGAGGAUUUGUUAUUCAUCUCUCCUCUGGUGUAGCUGGAUUCACUGCUGCUUAUUGGGUGGGACCGAGAAUUGACAAGGACAGAGAAAGAUUCCCGCCGAACAACGUACUUAUGAUGCUGGCGGGUGCCGGCUUGCUGUGGAUGGGGUGGACGGGGUUCAACGGUGGAGCACAGUACGCCGCCAGCACCGUUGCGUCCUUGGCAGCCCUCAACACACACGUGUGUGCUGCUACUAGCCUCCUAACUUGGUUGCUGCUUGACACCGUUGUUUUUGGCAAGCCUUCUGUAAUUGGAGCUGUGCAGGGCAUGAUAACUGGUUUAGUUUGCAUCACCCCAGGUGCAGGAGUUGUUCAGUGCUGGGCAGCCAUUUUGAUGGGUUUAAUCUCUGGGAGCCUGCCUUGGUACACAAUGAUGAUACUCCACAGCAAGUUCAAUAUUCUUAAACAAGUGGACGACACUUUUGCGGUUUUCCACAGCCACGCCAUAGCCGGAAGUUUAGGCGGAAUUCUCACCGGCUUUUUCGCAAUGCCUAAACUCUGCAGAUUGUUUUUCCAGGUACCAGAUUGGGAAAAGUAUAUUGGGCUAGCUUAUGGUCUCCAAACUGGUAGAACUUCAGCUGGGCUUAAACAAAUGGGGAUUCAACUUAUAGGGAUUGUUUUCAUAGUGUGUCUUAAUAUAGUUACCACAAGCUUGAUUUGUUUGUUCAUAAAGUUGAUAGUACCACUUAGGUUAAAUGAAGAGGAAUUGAGAAUUGGUGAUGAUGCUGUGCAUGGAGAAGAAGCAUAUGCUUUGUGGAUCGAUGGGGAUAGAUUUGAGAAUGCCAAGAGUAAUUCAAUUUAUGAUGUUGAUGAAUACCCGUCGAUCAUGUCCAAGAAUGCUAGUGAAUUGCAAAUGGUGUAA